CACGCAGCGCAUGUUAUUGCUAUCCCCAUAUCCUUACCUAUCUAGUAUUAUAGUCGUGUCGAACGCUCGAGCCGCAAAAGCGUUCAUCUCUCCAGUAGUCGCAACAAAAAAACGCCAGACGCUUGGCAUCGAUUUAUUUCUGGUCUACCAGAGUACGCGAUCGAGUAUUUGCUACGUAGCACGUGUGGAUGAGGCGCAGCGCGGCAGUAUGGAUGGAUCGAGCUAUAUAGAGAAGGAUUAUUUUUAUUUCUGAAAAAAAAAAGACAAUUCGACGUGCGCUUUGACAACUGCAGCACUGGACGUCGAUGAGCGUUCCACACGCAGGGAGCACAAAAACAGGCGAGGAACGAGGAAAAUAUAUACAAGCUGCUGUUGCUGUUGCUGCUGCUGCUCUCCACCUCCACCGCCGUGGUCGAUCGACACGGGCAGGUAACUCGAGAAAGGUGAGCGUUACUUAACGCCACGGAGCACAUAGAACGCGCUCGCACCCGUCAGCAGUGUCAAUGCUUCGCUUCGAUGUCUGCUACCAGAACCAUAUACGCGAUUACUCAUGUCGACGAUACGCGACUCGUUUCUAAACUAUCGUAAUUCCAUGACAGACGUAUAAUCUUUGCAAACAUGUGGACGACGCGUGAAUAUUUUGCCUUGCUCCUGCUCGUUGGCACGACAACGGCCACCGCCAAUUACGCGAGCAAUUAUGCGCCUCGAAUAGGUGACGAUCCUGCUCGAGAUACCUUCGGUCAGAAGGAGGAAGAUCUCGUGAAAAUAGCAAAGUGCUGCGAGGACGACGAAAUCCUUUUGGAUGGCCACUGUGUCACGCAGAAGCAAGCCAAUUACACGGAACUGUGGAAGCCGACUUUUGAAGCCGAGGAUACUUAUGAGGGUGCUCAGCCAGUCAAAGAGCCAAAAUAUACUCUUUUACAUGGCCAGCCCAAGUGUAAGAGUAAUGAGAAGCAGUGGGAUGUUUACAGUCAUCCCACUGGCACCGAUAGACUGGUAAUGAUGCUUAACGGUCAACUCAGGCACUAUGUGUCUGAUCAGGAGGAUCCCGAGCAGAAAGCUAAAGAGAUGUAUGGUGUUGAUGAUUUUGAUUCUGAAGAAGUGCAAGCAAAAGCCAUCCACUAUGACUAUUCUUUUGGACAUUACUGUGCCGAUAAAGCUAUACUGACUAAAGAUAAUUUGAUCAUUACGUACGCCAAAAUUUGCGUUCCAAGCCCUGACAAAUGGGCGAGUACUGAUAAUCUCAUGAAAAAAGCUAUUGAUCCUGCUUUUCAUGCGCUUGCCAUGGUCAGUUAUUUAGUGGUAGCUAUUGUUUAUUUUGUACUACCACAACUCAGAGAUCUCGUGGGUAAUAUGAUUACUAGUAUGACUUUGUGCCUUAUCGUUGAACAAAGUGCUUCGAUUGUCAAAAUUUUCACAGAAUUUGGAAACCACAUCAGUUUUAUGGUUGCAGAUUCAGUUCAAUAUAUAGCACUGUUAGCAGCUUUCUGCUGGCUCAAUGCUCUAGGAUAUUAUGUGUGGAAUACAUUUAGGUCAAACAAUGUUUUUUUACGUAGUACUGAUAGGAAAAAGUAUUGUUUAUAUUCCAUGUAUGUUUGGAGUUCAACUUUUUGCAUAGCAGCAACAGCUAUUUUUGCUCACUUCACUUUAGAAACUAAUGUACCUAUGGUUGGUGGAGUGGCUUUUGCUGCUCAAGAAACUAUUGGUUGGUUAGCAUUAUCUGUCUUAUUUACAUCAAUGGGAUUUACAUUAAUUGUCAAUCUGUGCUUUGUAUUAACUACAAUUAAUAAGCUUAAAAGAAUGCCUACUUAUGGAAGAAUUCAUUUAAAAAUGAAAACUAGUUUUAGAACAUUUUUAUUAGUUUUUGGAGUAAUGACUUUUGGCUGGGUAUCACUUUUAUUGUCAUUACUGAAAUAUGAUGGACUUAUAUAUUGUAACAUAAUUGUCAAUGUGAUUGAAGCACUUGCAAUUCUUUAUAUUUGUGUAUUUGGUCAAAAACGAGUCAAAUUUCUUCUAGGAAAAACGUGCAAUUGUUGUAUUCCUAGUGAAAAUCCAGAUGGUUUCGAAUGGGGAGAGGAAAUGACUGCUAUAAAUGCUGGAUAUUAAGUAUUUAAAUACUUUUUCUUGCAAUCAAUUUAGAAUCUCUCAAGUAUUGAUAUGAUUUUUAAUCGUUUCUUAUUACUUUGAUAUAUUUAAAUCACAGUAGAAUUAAAAUUAUUGAAAUAAGAUGGAAUUGUAUUAAAUAAUGAGAAUGUGCAAGAAUUGAAGUAGAUCAAAUUGAAUUUCUGGGAUUUUCAUGAAACUAUGUUAUUAAAACAGGAAUACUCAAAGUAAAUGAACAAAGAAUAGUUCAAAUAGAAAUGAAUAACAUGAGUGAUAACAGUUGUACAUAUUUUAUCAAUAAGUAUAAACAUUUGUCUAAAAUUAUGAAAGAGACAAUUAAGUAUAAUGAUCUAGUUUUAGGAAGAAAUGCAGUCAUUUUAUAAAAUCAUGUCUCAAUGCAAAUUCUCAUACUUGUGCCUUGACAUUGAUGUAAAACACAAGUGAGCUUAUAAGAAAAUAUAAUAUGAUGUACCUAAUAUUUAUAUAAGAUUUUUAAAUUUAUACACAUAUAUAUUAUUAACCAUA